GUCUCGUUGGGUGAGCAGGAGGCAGUGCUGGAGUGUGAAGGUCUUCUAUGCAUCAGCUGAGGUAGCCAGGACCACGGUGAUGUGUGAGGCCACAUUGCAUGCUCUGGAGUGCUCUUCCUGGGGAGUGGUGGGUCAGCCUUGGUGAGGUAUGGAUCACAGGCUUUCAGUCUGACCUACUGUCUUGUCCUUCUCUCCCUGUUCUUCAGGGUGCACCUACUAUACGUUGCCCUGUGUCCCCCACUGCGAUUCUUGAGGCAAAUAGGAACUAAGCAUUGCUCUUUCAUAGAAGUAUCUUUUUCUUUUUUUCUUUUUUUUUGCCGCUUGUGAGCGUACUGUCCUGCAAUGACUAGGUCCUCCUCAUCUUCUUGAGAGAAUUGUGAUGACUCUGUGGAUAUCCCCAUGGAAUAGGAUCUGUGCUGCCAUUGUGGUGGGCUGAGCGGGGUCUGAAUGCAAUGAGAGACCUCCCCAGUGGGGAGAACCCCAUACUCACCACACACUGCCCAGCAGCAUCCAGGCUGCAGUGUCCUGUCUUCUGGGCACUCCAGUGACAGCUUCCUGAGAGCACACUGCACCCUGCUCCUCUUCUGCCCAUCGUCCGCUUGGCCUGUGACAGUCCUGUGAGCAAGGGCCCAAGGCCAGGCCCUGACUGUGUCCCCUAGAUGUCUCCUAGGUACUCUGCUUUCUGUUAAGAGUGUCUCCUCCCCACCAAUUCUUUUGUUGUCAGGUGUGACCCUUGCCUCAAUUAGUUUUCUGCUUUUCUCGGGUCUGAAUGUGAGAGGGCAAGAGUGUCUGGAGCCUGUUCCUUCAAAGCCUUUUUGGUUCUGCCCUUUUGUGGCUUUGGUCACCUUGAGACUCUGGCGUCCAGCCUUCCCAAGCUCUGUCCUGAGUAGGGCCAUGGCCUAACUCGGCUCACCUGUCCUCAUCAUGCUCUGCCCAUUGGCAGCUGGGGUGCCUCCAUCCCACUUUAAAUCUUACUGUCUUCUGUUUCAGUCUGCCUGGUGGAGCAGGGAGAGAGUACUGGCCUUCAUUGAUACCUUCAGCAUCCUUCGGCCACUCUUUUCUUGCACUUGUGAAGUAACAGAGUUACUUCACCUGCUCCUUCACCUGCUUGCUGAAGGGUUGAGAUUUCUUGAUUUUAAAGCUUUUUUGAGACUUCAUUAAAACAAGCAGCAUGGAGAUGACAGCUCACUUCAUUUUCUGUAAUGGUCAAAAGAGGACGUGAACCCAUGUCUACAGUUCUGCUGUCCGUGGCCCAGUUUUAAUCUGGAGGCACUUGCAGCAGAGAGGAGAGCCACGUGACUCUUAAGUGGAUCACCAGCUGAAGGAGCGAUUUGCAAACAUGAAGGAAGGUGGCAGAAUUGUGUCCUCGAAGCCCUUUGCACCUCUGAACUUCAGAAUAAACAGUAGAAACUUGAGUGACAUCGGCACCAUCAUGCGCGUCGUGGAGCUCUCGCCCCUGAAGGGCUCAGUGUCGUGGACGGGGAAGCCCGUCUCCUACUACCUGCACACCAUCGACCGUACCAUACUUGAAAACUAUUUUUCUAGUCUGAAAAAUCCAAAACUCAGGGAGGAACAAGAGGCAGCUAGGCGUCGGCAGCAGCGAGAAAACAAGAGUAAUACAACCACCCCCACGAAGGUGCCUGAGAGCAAGGCGGCUGUGCCUGCGGACACCUCUGUGGAUUCUGGUGCUGAGGAAGAGAAAGCAGCGACCACCGCUAUCAAGAAGCCAUCGCCCUCCAAAGCUCGGAAGAAGAAGCUGAACAAGAAGGGCCGGAAGCUGGCUGGCCGGAAGCGUGGGCGUCCCAAGAAGAUGAGCACCGCGAACCCCGAGCGCAAGCCCAAGAAGAGCCCUACUGCCCUGGACCUCCUGCACGCCCAGACUGUGUCCCAGACGGCGGCGCCCUCGCCACAAGAUGCAUACAAGUCACCUCACAGCCCAUUUUAUCAGCUACCUCCCAGCGUGCAGCGGCACCCCCCUGACCAGCUGUUGCUGGCACCCACCCCGCCUGGACUGCAGAAGCUGCUAGAGUCCUUCAAGAUUCAGUACCUGCAGUUCCUGGCGUACACGAAGACCCCUCAGUACAAGGCCAGCCUGCAGCAGCUGCUGGACCAGGAGAAGGAGAAGAACGCCCGGUUGCUGGGUGCCGCACAGCAGCUGUUUGGUCACUGCCAGGCCCAGAAAGAAGAAAUAAAGAAGCUUUUUCAGCAGAAACUGGAUGAGUUGGGAGUGAAGGCGCUGACCUACAGUGACCUGAUCCAAGCUCAGAAAGAGAUCUCCGCUCACAACCAGCAGCUGCGAGAGCAGACGGAGCAGCUGGAGAAGGACAACAGGGAACUGAGAAGCCAGAGCCUGCAGCUGCUGAAGGCUCGGUGUGAGGAGCUGAAGUUGGACUGGUCCACACUGUCCCUGGAGAACCUGCUAAAGGAGAAGCAGGCCCUGAAGAGCCAGAUCUCUGAGAAACAGAGGCACUGCCUGGAGCUGCAGAUCAGCAUCGUGGAGCUGGAGAAGAGCCAGCGGCAGCAGGAGCUCCUGCAGCUCAAGUCCUGCGUGCCGCCUGAUGAAGCUGUGCCCCUGCACCUGCGAGGGCAAGGUGGCCUGGGCCGAGAGCUGGAGGCGGAGCCCAGCCGGCUGCCCCGUGAGCUGGACUGCUCCAAAUUCUCACUGCCCCACUUCAGCAGCAUGAGCCCGGAGCUCUCCAUGAAUGGCCACGCGGCUGGCUAUGAGCUCUGCAGCACACUGAGCCGGCCCUCGUCCAAGCAGAACACCCCCCAGUACCUGGCCUCUCCACUGGACCAGGAGGUUGUGCCAUGCACUCCCAGCCACGGCAGCCGGCCUCGGCUUGAGAAGCUGUCUGGCUUGGCCUUGCCAGACUACACCAGGCUCUCCCCGGCCAAGCUGGUGCUGAGACGCCACCUGAGCCAGGACCACACUGCCAGUGGCAAGACAUCUGCUGGUGAGCUACACCCACGAACUGAGCACGCCAAGGAGAAUGGCCUUCCAUACCAGAGCCCGGGCCUCGCCAAUGGCAUCAAGCUGAGCCCUCAGGACCAACGGCCCUCAUCCCCUGCGGCCUUACAGAUGACAGGAGACAAAGGCAGUGAGAAGGGUCUGAAGGAGCGAGCCUAUGCCAGCAGUGGGGAGGCCAUCACCAGCCUACCCGUCAGCAUUCCACUCAGCACUGUGCAGCCCAGCAAGCUGCCCGUCAGCAUCCCCCUGGCCAGCGUGGUGUUGCCCAACCGUGCCGAGAAGAGAAGCACCCCCAGUCCCGUGCAUCAGACCCGAGAGUCCUCGUCCACACUUGAAAAGCAGAUGGGUACUAAUGCCCAUGGUGCUGGGAGCAACGCUGUUGGGAGCAAAAGCCUCACCCUGGCGCCUGCAGGCUUCUAUGCAGGCUCUGUCGCCAUCAGUGGGGCCCUGGCAGGCAGCCCGGCCCCACUCGCUCCUGGAGUUGAGCCCCCUGCCUUCGAUGAGUCCUCCAGCUCCGGGAGUCUCUUCGCCACCAUGGGCUCCCGCAGCUCCACCCCACAGCAUCCUCAGCUGCUCGUGCAGCCCCGGAACUCCGGUCCCGCCUCGCCCUCUCACCAGCUCUGCGUCAGCCCCCGACUCAGUGCCGCCCAGGGCCCACUCCCUGAUGCGAGCAAAGGGGACCUUCCCUCUGAGGUUGGCUUCUCAGAUCCAGAGAGCGAGGCCAAGAGGAGGAUUAUCUUCACCAUCUCAGCUGGUGCCAGCAGCACCAAGCAGUCACCUUCCAACAAGCACAGCCCUCUGCCUGGGGGUGCUCGUGGAGACAGCAGUCAGAGCCACGGGCAGGACAGUCGAAAACGGGGUAGAAGGAAGCGAGCAUCAGCGGGGACCCCCAGUCUGAGCUCAGGCGUAUCCCCCAAGCGCCGGGCCUUGCCAACCGUCGCCGGCCUCUUCACUCAGUCUUCAGGUUCUCCCCUCAACCUGAACUCCAUGGUCAACAACAUUAACCAGCCUUUGGAGAUCACAGCCAUCUCGUCCCCCGAGAGCUCCCUGAAGAGCUCCCCUGCACCAUACCAGGACAACGACCAGCCCCCCGUGCUCAAGAAGGAGAAGCCCCUGAGCCAGCCCAAUGGGGUCCACUACUCCCCACUGACCUCCGAUGAAGAGCCGGGCUCUGAGGAUGAGCAAGGCAGCACCAGAAUUGAGAGAAAAAUUGCAACUAUCUCCUUAGAAAGCAAAUCUCCUCCGAAAACCUUGGAAAAUGGUGGCACCCUGGUAGGAAGGAAGCCGAUGCCCUCCAGCGAGCCCAUCAACAGCAGCAAGUGGAAGUCCACCUUCUCACCCAUCGCUGACCUUGGCCUGGCCAAGGCCACUGACAGCCCGCUACAGGCCAGCUCCGCUCUGAGCCAGAACUCCCUGUUCGCUUUUCGGCCCACCCUAGAGGAGCUCAGCUCAGUUGAUGCCAAGCUGGUCACCCACCCCAGGAAGAGCUUUCCGGGUGCACUGUCGGGGGCUGGCGGGCUGAGUCCCAUCAGCACCCCCCCCAACGGCUUUGCUUUCAGCGGGAGCCUGGCUGCCGACCUCAGUUUACACAGUUUCAGUGAUGGUGCUUCUCUCUCCCACAAGGCCCCUGAGGUGGCCAGCCUGGGCGCCCCCCUGAGCUUUUCCGCCCCGAGGGGUAAGGAGAGCAGCACGGAGCCUGGCCCUUUUGUGAACAAGAGGCAGCUGGAUGGACUGGGUGGCCCAAAGGGUGAGGGCGUCAAGGGCAGGGAGGGAGAAGUCAGCUUGCCUGUGAGCACACCCUCAGACAAGGCCUCGUCACAUGGCAAGGUGGGCAAGGGCCGGGACCGCGAGCCUGAUUUCAAAAACGGCCACAAUCUCUUCAUUUCUGCCGCUGCCGGGCCUCCUGGGGGCCUCCUCAGUGGGCCCGGCCUCACCACGGCUGCGUCCUCAGCAAGCGGCACAGCCCCCUCCUCCCAGACACACCGGCCCUUCCUGGGCACUUUUGCACCUGGCCCACAGUUUGCCUUGGGCCCCAUGUCCCUGCAGGCCAACUUAGGCUCAUCUGUGCUACAGUCCUUGUUCAGCUCUGUGCCGGCUGCUGCUGGCCUAGUGCACGUCUCAUCCGCUGCAACCAGACUGACCAACUCUCAUGCCAUGGGCAGCUUUUCCUCCGGUGUGGCAGGUGGUGCAGUUGGAGGUAUCUUUAACCACACGGUGCCUUCCGCCUCCACUCAUCCGUUUGGAGCCAGUUUCGGCAGCGGGGCUGCUUGUCGCAGCACCACGCUGAGCUUAACCCCGAUGCAGGCGGUGGCCAGUACCCCCGCCUCUUCCUUUCAGGCCCUGUCCUCUGUGGAGACCAGGCAGCCCCCACCCCAGCCUCCUCUGCCCCUGGGUCGGCCCCCUGCGGGGCCACCAGCACUUCACGCGCCCCCCCCUCCUCCUAACGCUGCCUUGCCUCCUGCUCCUGCACUGCUCCCUGCUAACUCUGAGCCUGUGCUCCUGCAGAAUCUUGCGCCCCUCCCGGCUAACCAAGCUUUCUUACCUGCCUCCUCUGCCGCCUCUCUGCCUCCUGCUAACGCCUCUCUGUCUGUCAAGCUCGCAUCCCUCCCACACAAGGUCUCCCGCCCCUCCUUUGUGGUGCACCACCAGCCACUGCCUGGACUGGCUCUGGCCCAGGCCUCACCCAUGAUCCCACAGGCCAGCUCCACGGGGCCGUCCGCCGUGUGGGUUUCCCUUGGCAUGCCGCCUCCUUAUGCCGCGCGCCUUGCGGGGGUUAAGCCGCGAUAAAGACCUUGGUUAGCUAGCCGUUCUGUAAGGUAAGGCUAGAGCCCAACCAGGUGGCCCAUACAAGAAACUCACCUGUCCUUUCUUCCACAGAGAGUGGACAGGCCCCACGGGCUCUGCAGAGGGCCCUGGGACCAAUAGUUCCGAGAGGCACUAAGAAAGAAUAAGCACAGGGCGGGAAGGGAGAUGGCAGCCAUGCAUAUUGACCUCCGAGUACAGCCUGAGCACCACCACAGAGCUCAGGAGGGGAAGGGCCAAUCUUUGGUGCCCACUGGACCUUCCCACCAGGGCCUGCAGGCUGGGCAGGCAGGAUACUGCACUAAGUCCUGCAUAGAGGGGGCCAGGAGGAGGUGGAUGCGGCCAGGGUCCUGGCUGUGCAGUCCCGCUCCGUUUUGUUGCCAUCCUCCAGCUGCAUGUCUGCAGUCGUCAGGGACCCAGGAAGCCCCAGGGUGGGGCUGUGGGGCAGCUCUGAAUCUCAGUUGCUGUUUGCCCACUGUUAGGCUUCUCUCAAUCUGUUUUAUUGAAUGUACCUCAUGGUUUUAGGAAAUUUUUAUGCAUUUGAGGCCCCUGUACUUAGCUGGCCUUCAGAAGAUGGUGGUUGUGCAGGCCCAACCCACAUGCACCAGAGGCCUGUGGGUAAUGGGAUGAGCAUAGCCAGCCACAGGAAGGGCUGCUUGGACAGGUGAUUGGUGCUGCUCUGGCCCUCAAGGAUUUUGAUGUCAGUGUGGAGUCAGAGAACAGUGUAGGAAGGGCCUGACUUUGGAAAUGGGGUAAGAAAGGUGCCUGUGAAGCAUUUAGGAAGGCCAUCUGCUCCUUUGCUGGCUGUGAGGGUGUUGGGACCCCGAGCAGCUGACCCAGCCACUGCUGGUAGGGCAAAGGGCCUUUCCAGGCAAGUCCACAGCCUGUGGGGUGAGUACUCCAGGAUCAAGCUAGGUGCUAACUGGCACUGGGGACCAGGUGUGAGGUCUGCCUGCUCUCCUUGGUUAUCUGCAUGUGCUUCAGUGGAAACAGACAUGAGGCUGCAGGAGUCUGAUGACCUUCUGGUAGUGCCUCAGUCCUGAUGGAAAAGUCUGGAAGGUAGGGUGGCUCCAGCUCAAAGUGGCUUCAUGCUGUCAGAGAAGGCACUGGCUUGAAGAGGUCAAAGGUGUAUGAGGAAGCAUUUGGGUGUCAGGCUACCUGCCCUGACCCACAGUGGAUACCUGCCUUCCAUCUCAUCCCAGGCCCAUCACAGGUCUCCCUAGGCUGGACAGUGAUGACCUCACUGCUGGGCAUGCAGGCCUGUCAGUGGGGCUGCCCACAGGCACACCUGCUCACUCCCAUGAGCUGGCGUGUGGUGACCAGGGAGGUGAGGAGGCCGGGACACAGCGCCCCAUGGAAGGCCUUGGGCUGGUGACCUCCCACCUCUGAUUGAACCAGGGGCAUGGCAGGGCGUUGUUUGCAACAACUAAGUUCCUUCUGUCCAUCCAUCUGUCUAUAGGCUUUGGUUCCCAGCCUGGGGAUGUCUGGGCUUCUCCCAGUGAGAUGCUAACACUGUGCUGCCUUUCCUCCUGCGCCGGUCUCUGCAGGUAACUAGGAUUUCUACCUCAACCUCGAGACCUGUGCAAGGAUAGGUGGGCUGCAGGGCUGGUGGCCGACCAGAUGGCGGGAUGGACCGAGGACGAGGCUCUGCUCUGAGUCCACGCUGCGCAGACCUGCAGGAGAUGCUGGGCCUGGCUCCAGCUUAUACUGUCAAUAGUUUUAGAUAAAAUAUUUAUCGUUUUUUAAAAAGUAUAAACAAUUUUGACUUAUUCCACCGAAGUCAUAAAGGCAACCUAUUAAGAGAUGUAAAUACUAUAUAUGAGAGGAUCUAUAUAAAGAUAUCGACCGGACGGACUGGCCCGCCAGCAGAGACUCCCACAGCCGGGCCCGGUGCUAUCUCGUCGCCAGGCCUUGCCAUCUCCACGUUCUCUUGGUGCUGACUCGAGGUUGACCAACGCCAAAACCAGUCCUUGAUGCGCCUGCCCUGUCAUCCCCAAGCUCUCCCAUACCAAAGGCAUGCCUAUCUCCUGGUCAAGGGUGGUUCACUUGGUUUUUAAUGCCCCUCUGCCCCACCCCUUCACUGUGAAUGCUUCAGCCAGAUGUCAGCCCUGAUCCCAGGGACGGCGCCUUUGGUGAGGAAGGGCCGGUGGGUGGCCUGUGGAGGUUGCACAGAGGAGGGCUGCUGUGAGUGGUGCUCAUGGGGCAGGUCUGGUACUUGACUCCAACGUGGAGCUGCUGGGGAGCAAGUGCUUUACUUUGUAUGUCCGUACUGUCUCGGGCUGGCGCAGUCAAGCAAGGCACUGGCCGGGGCAUGGGGCAGGUUAGCCAUGGUGCCUGGUGUGUCUGUAUAGAAGAGAGUCACGCUGACAAGUGACAGUAUUUUAUAGAGAUGUGAUGAAAAUUUAUAAAUUUCAUAGACUGACUUCAUUUAUUUUUAGAUUGUAUAAUGCACAGUAAAUGUAAAAAAAAAAAAGUGAGGGGGGAAAAACCUUUUUAUUUAUUCAAGUGCAUACAAGUGGCAUUGGCCCAUCCUCUUGGUCAGUCUGUAUUGCUGCUCCGUGGCCCUUCAAUGCCACAGCUGGGUUGACACCUGCCCCCACGCCUGGAGCAGCCUCCCUGGUGCUUGGGAAUGAAUGCACUGUGGGUGAGCAAUGAGGGCAAAGGCCAACUUCACAUGAAGGCAGGAGAGCUGUUCUGAUGCUUCAGAAGUUGCCAACAGGGUUAUGGUUAUCUGGUCCCUCCAGUGCUGCAGUCUUUAAUAGUCCUGGGUCUCAGUUGAACAGUGUUUGUGCAUUUUCCUGGAAAGUGUGUCCAGAAGCCCUCCGUCCUCUUGAAGGGCAAUCAGCCAAAGGUCCUGGCUGGUAGCAGGGCCUGGACCCCCAGCCGGGGGUGCUUCAGGCUUAGAUGGGUUCAGUCAGAGCCCUGCUAUUCUGGUGCUUGUCCCCAUGAGAUAGCACCACUAAGGAACAUGGGAAUCCCAAAAAAGCCUCAAGUUCCUAACUUCCCCAGCCUGGCCAGCACGGCUCAUCCUUCCAGAUACGGUUGCCAGGGGCCCUUGGCCUGCCUGGGAGGGCAGAUGUGGCAAGCCUGGCUUGGGCUCACUCCUGAUCCCUGGAGGCAGGGCUGGAGCCAGCCUUUCGGGGGGUUGUGGAACACAGGCCCAAAAGGGUGCAGAACAGGCCUGGCUGUUGACUCCCCUAAUUUCCUCGGGUGCGUAGAUCCCUGUGUACCAGGGGUGAUGCCUGGCCCAGAGCAAUAGUCAGGCUGUAGAUGGUGCUUAGACAGGUUCUCAUAACUGGCUGUCUUGUAACUGCUGCCCUGGCUCCCUUACCUCCAGGUCUGUGCUCUUGGCACACGAAGGUGCUGUGCUCACCCCACAUCCUGCAGUGUCCUCCAGCACAGGGCUCCCUUAAAAAGCUACAGGGUUAGCAGUAGCAAAGUUGCAGCAUAUAGCGAGUCCCUGGUCUGGAAUCAAGCAACCCUAUAAACACUGCAUCCCUUCUGUGAUAACUGUGCCACCGCGCAGGACUUCCUACUGACGUGUUAUAUCUGUGUUCCCCACACAACCAUGUCUACCCAAGCGCCGGGGUCUCCUUUCUGUGCCCACCCUACAGCCUUCCUGACUGUGAGAUUGAUCAGCCGCUGUUGGCAGUGGGCGGCAGCAAAGGAGUGGGGUGGGGUGCAUGAACAACCACCCCCCUGUGGAGAACAGGUUCUAGUCUCCUCUGGGCAGAGACCAGUGCUGCUCUGACUAUGGACAACUUCAGGGAAGCCCAGGGCUCUGAGGGUGCUUUGCUCAGGAAAACCUAACUCUGAAGACCCUCCAGUCAGGAGCCAGCCUUCCCUUCCAGCUAUGACUUAUGAUUUAUUUAAGACCCGCUCGCCCUUUAAUUUAUCCAAAGUCCAAAGGAGACUGUUCAUCCACCCCACCCCCACCCCCAGUCCCAUGGUCCAUCCAUGCUGGCUUAUGUCAAGUGUCUCGGACCAGCCUUGCUUUGUCCUUCUGGUAGACCGUGUUUCACUUGGGGUUGCUGGUUUGACCCUCUUUUCGUAAGGGAACCCCACUGUACUCUGAUUUCCAUCUCCAGACUGUAAUAAAAUGUUUGUUUUCACUUGAA